AUGGUGCGCAGCCGUAAGCGGGUAUGCGGCUCGAAGAGUUGCGAGGAGGAUGAGGUGUGUUUGCUUCCCAAGAAGAGAGCUCGAUUAGGCACGCAGAUGCUUGGGCUUUGCAGAGAGGGCCUUUUGCCAUCUUCAGCGGUGCAGAAAGCACGGCUGUCACUUCUUCGUGGUUUGCAAAGCUUGGGGCUACUGGCCAAAGAUACGCCUUUGGAAGAAGGGAAGGCCGCGCCGAAGUCGGCGGGAAAAGCUGCGGAUGCGACAGCGGAUGUCCGAAGUCUGGCAUCUUCGGAGGUCCUGGCACUGCUGAAUCACCCAGACCUCUUCCUCUUCUUGGAUCACUUCUUGAACUCUCCCGCCCAGCCCGUCUUUGACUCCGCCAACCUCCGUGCGGUUCUGCCCCAGCAGAGCACCGGCUUCCACACCGACUCGGUCUACAUGGGACGCCUCAUGCAGCAGCCAACCGAGCUGCUGGCGGUUUGGAUCCCGGUGACAGAGAUUCCCUUAGAGAUGGGUGGUCUGGUGCUGUGCCGGGGCUCCAAUUCGCACCCGGGCUUCGAGCACUUCCGUGCGACCUAUGGACGCUUGGACCUGGACGAAGCUGACGUGGGUGGCAGCGGUUGGUUCACCGAAGACCCCCGCGAGAUCAUCGCCUUUGGCGGGCAGAUGGAGACAGCCCACUUCCGGCCAGGAGAUGUGGUCCUCUUCACCAUGCACAGCAUCCACGGGAGCUCGGUGAAUUGCACCGACCGCUAUCGGCUCUCCAUGGACUUCCGUGUCCGGGCCGAGCGUGUUUCAGACGUGGAGCAGUCUCAGAAGAAGGGGAGGUGGUCGCGCUUGCGACAUGACGCAGCAGAGUUCCCACGGACCAUGGAAGAGGCCAAAGCAGCCUGGAAGCUACUGCCCUCAGGCAAGGAAAAUGUCCCGGCGCCGAGCUCUCCAUGCAGCCCAGCAACACCACUGACGCCCCGGACCCCACGCCAGCUUCCACGAGAGCUGAAGAAAGCGCAUGUCUUGGAGUUUCCGCGCGAGCUAAGCUCGCGCGAGCCCCGAAUAGGCCUGAGCCCAACACCUUUGGGCGAGCGCUUUGCCACACCCCCGCGUCACCACGCGCCGCCGCCCGCGCCGGCGCUGGGCGCGCCGGUGCCGCGUGACCCGGCGCUGGGCGCGGCGGUGGUGCCUGCGGCACCGCCGCCCUCGCCGCGCGAGGCAAAACGGAAUGCAGGCCUGGAGGGGGGAAGGAAGUUUGCUGAAGUGGUGGGGAAAGCUUUGCAUGUCUACCCGAGGUCCAAUGCAUGGAGAUUCUUGGGGCGCCAGGUAUCCGUGUGGUUCGUCCUCACCCGUUGGGACCUCGCAGGCUUUCACUGCACCCUUCCACCCAGCGUGCUCUUGGCCGCCGUGGUGGCAGCGUUUGAGGAGGAGAACAAGGCUCAGAUCUUGGAAGAGGCAGUGGCAAUGGCGACGGAGGAGAAGCAGCUCCGCACUGAAGAGGAGGAGCUGCAUGACGAACAUGUGGCGCUUUUGGAUCGUUUGAGUAGGCUCCAAGCUGAAGCACUGAGCUCCGGGGAGGAGCAGGCCACGCUGCGGGAACGCUUCGAAGAGGCCACCCGUGAGUUGCAGGCGACGGCGAAGACGGUGGGACGGGGAGGGGUGAAACAUCAGGAUCAUUUGAGCCGAGCACAGGAUAUCUUCACCUUCUGGUUCUACGAGGUGCGAGAUCGUGCGCGCUGUGCACUGCCGCGCUUCCGGAGAUCGGAGGUGCUACCAAUCUUGGGCGUUGUUUUGGAUGUUUUUUGGGCGCCGGUGCUAGAGGUGGGCUGGCGCUGGACCUAUGGAUGGAAGGACUUCGAGUUUGGAGAGCAAUUGGGACGUGGCAGCUUCGGAGCACGGGCGCCCGGAGCAGUUCCGGCGGCGGUGGUCUUCAAAGUCCUCCGCAAGGAGGAUGCUGUCACCUGCGGCAGAGAUGUCUUCGGUGCCUUGGGCACCGUGCGCCCGCCCCCGUCGCACCCUCGCAGUAUGCCACGCGAAUGGGGUGAGGUUUGCAAGCAGAUCCAGCUGAGCGAGAUGAAGAAGAAAGCUCGUCUGGAAGCGAAUCAAGAGGGCCUGGAUGUUGGCUUCCAACUGACUCGGCGUUUGGAAGAGCACUUCUUCCAACAUUUGGAGGUGGAGCUGCUCCGAAAGGUCUCUCGCGGAUGUAGCUACAUCGUUCAAUACCUCGGUUCCUUCCUGGAGCGCUCGGGUUGUUACGCCGGGGCAGGCCAAGCGCGCGAAGCGCUCGGAUGGAAUGCAUUGACAUAUGCACAGAACGAGGAUGUAGUCUUGGGUUUCCUGGCCGAGAAGGAAAGAGAACACAUGACACUCCCUGAAAUGGCUCCACUGAAGACUCCACUGCCUAUUCGGGAGUUGGUUCCCCGCCAUGAGCGAGACUCACCAUGGGAGGAGGGCGAGACUCUCCAUAUCAUCAUGGAGUUCUGCGAGAAAGGGGACUUGAGCCAGUUCUUGAAAUCCCGCCAUAGCGGACUGGAGGACGGGAAGCGCGGUGAGCCGCCGGAGCCCCCGGUGAGAUCAGGGAAGGCCGGGUGGAAGUUCGAAUGGCACCAGGUGAAUCGGAUCCGCACCCCCCGUGACGAGGAGCGUUCGGUCUGGCGCUACUUGUUGCAGAUUGCGCUGGGUCUACAGUGGCUUCACCAGAACAGGAUCCUCCACCGCGACAUCAAGACGUUGAACGUUUUCCUGAAGACCAACGACGACGUCCGCCUGGGCGACCUGGGCGUGGCGCGGGUUCUCAGCGGCUCCAACUUCGCGAACACCUUCGUGGGUACGCCUUACUACUUGUCUCCAGAGAUUUGCGAAGAGAAGCCUUACAACGAGCUGUCCGAUGUGCCUCGGAGCGAACAUGGGCUCCCGGCAAAACAGCCCACCUUCUUCGCUUCAAAGGAAGCACUCAAAAAAAGCAAGUGGGGAUGGGGUCGUGACCCACCUGGAGCCCAGUACACCAUGAUACCAUGGUAG